CACUUCUUUCCGACCUCCAGUCGCUUGUCUCUCGCCCUUCGAAAGGAAACGAAAGCACGCAGAGCUCGUUUUUCUUCCUUUUUUACAAACUACUACUCGCCUGGGCACGAACGGUCUCUUUCUCGGUUUUUUCCCCUCUCCCUGUCACCACAAGACGAAAUAGUAAUUUAAAAGGAAAAGAAAAGGAGGAGAAAAAGAAGACGAUGAACUUGAUGUUUUUAAGUUUGGACUUGCUCGUUGUGAGCUGCCUGUUUGUAACAGUGGAACCCAUCACAGGAGAAGUCUUCACUCCGCAAAAUGUGUCCAUACUGUGGGUUGAUGAUUUUCACCCAAAGUUGUCCUGGGAACCACCACCACAGUAUCCAGUGCCAAACCAGUGCCAAUAUAAUUUGAAUGUUUCCACUGAUGAAAAUGGGACUGACAGACAGACAUAUAAAAAGGUGUCAUCUCCAUGGACAGAAUACUUUACCAUGAAGGGAUUUUUGAAGUUUUCUCUUAAAGCUCUUUGUAACAAUACAGAGGGCAAGCCAGUGGUUGUCAGAGUCAACUACACAGAUCUGGUGAAGAAUUUUGAGUGCUACAGCGACAGCAGGAAACACGCUUUCUGCUCCUGGUCCUCAGCAAGUCCGGCUAAAGAUCUACGUUUUUACUACCAGUGUCCUGAUGAUAAUUGCAAUCUGACUGAAUUACAAGAAUGCUCGAGGUAUAAUUACACUGAUGGCGUGAGGACUGGCUGUCAUCUGGACACGGAGACCCAUUGCCACAUUGACAUGUUGUUAAAUGGAACAUUGGACAACAAACCUGUCAGGAACACCUUUAAGAAACUGCUCACAGAGAAGGUGAGACCACCCCCCCUUAUGUGGACAGUCACAAAAAGUGUGGAUAAAUUCAACCUUAAUUGGACUCCUCCUGACCUCAUCAAUCUAGAGUCCUGGAAAUUUAUCAUAAAUUACACUGUGUGUGAUAAGAACAAGACAAUAGAGAUACACGGGAAACGAUCAUACGACCUGGAGGUUACCCCUCACUGUCCACACCGCAUAGCCUUGAAAGCAUGGUUAGACAAUGGGGAGACACCGUGGACUGAAGAGAAGUAUUUUGAGGCAGACAGAGAUCCCAAUGCGUUUGUGUACCCAAUUGCUCUUGCCAUACCACUGGUUUUCUCCAUUUUGGCAGUUGGGAUUUUUGUGUGUUGGCGGAAAAACAAGGACCGCAUCUUCCCCAAAGUGCCGGCACCUGUGGAUUUCUUGACCAGCAUUUCUGACAACAACAAUAAGAAAACCUUGUAUGUGCCGACAGAGGACGUAGAAAGCUGCAACAUCUCCCUGGUCAUGGAGUCCAACACCGGCAAACAGUUCGAUUGACCCGAUUGAAGAAACGGUGACAGCUGCUGCCUUUCCAAGCUGAUUUUUUUAUAUUAAUGUUUUUUUUUUCAAGGUAAUGCAGAAGUGAGUUACAUGGAAUGAAUCGACAUCAGAACAGUUGAAAAACGUCCGGAGCUUAUCGCCACAUCAUGUUUACGAAGAGUGACUGUUCCUUUUUUUUUGGAAAUGUAGCGGUUGAACAAGAACAUGCAUUACCCAAGAGAUUAUGACUCACUGUGUUUUACUAAAUAUUUUACUGAUGUCGCGCUUCAGGCACUUUCCUGUGAAUCUCUUUGGACACAUGCAUCUUCAUACAGCCAUGUGCCAAUGAGAGAUGCUGAAGUUACACAGUUCCAGAUAUAUUUUUUUGUAGAAAAUUGCAAAUUUAUUUUGAAGUUGCUGAACAUUUGCUGAUCCCGGGUUGUUUAGUUUCUGUCUGCUUUGUGGAUGGUGGAUGUGAACUUUCACAAUGAAGAAGUGAACGUCAGUGAUGUCAAUGCGUCCUGUCGUCAGAUCCACUAGUCGCCACUGACAUGAACCGCGCCUUUCUCUUUUGAGAACAGUGAAGUUGUCGGUCUGCCGCUGGGUCUCGGGCAGCUUAUCGUUCCAAACCAAACUUCAAGUCUCACGAUUAACAGAUGAUAACACGCAGUCAAUGAGAAGCCACCAGCUCCCCAGCUCCGUGGGAUGAAAUUCCUGUUUCGGUCGAUGUAGUAAGGUGACUUUAGACCGAGUGAUAUUUUCAGUUCCCCAUUUAAAAAAAAUUUUAAAUAAAUUAAGUCUAAAGCGUCUUUCUAGGUACAACGGCCUGCUUCUCCAAAUCCUCCUUCUAAAAGUAGAAGAAGUGUGCUGAGCACGGGGAAGUAGCUUGUACACACAGGUGGAUCCCUUUAAUCCCUGGAAUACCUUAAAGCCCUGGAUCUGUUUCGCUGUUAAUCAGCAAGCACUGCCUAUGUACUCUGUAGCCCCCUACCUACUAUACGUGUUCUAGAUUAAACUCUAGCCUAGUGUAGUUUAGAAAUAUACAUUAUUAUUGUCAUCGUUUUGCUUUCAAUACUGAUCUAUCCAUUAACCCUUUACUAAAAAAAACAUGCUGGAUUUAUGUUAAUGUGCGUUUAAAGAUAUAUAUAUGUGUGUGUAUAUAUAUACAUAUAUAUGCAUUAAAUGAGCAUUAACUCAUAUGCAUUAAAUGAGAGCUAGUUCCAUGUAUGUUUACACCUCAAUAGUACAAGGUUUAAUGAAUGUAUCACCUGUGCAGCUGCAGGUGAUGGGUGUAGAAAAGUGAAAGAUGGCUUAAAAAAAAAAAAAAAAAUGACUCUAUGGCCAGUGCCAUGUUGUAAUUAUCCAGAACUGGCCAAAAAAAAAAAAAAAAAAAAAUGGGCGUCCUUGAAAGACCUGGAGGCUCCUCACUGAAAACCCUGGAGCCUGAGUGGGAUUUACCGUAAAGUCGCGGCCUCAUUGUAGGAAUACCUUCAUGACCUCGGACGCACCUGGGGUUUUUUUUUUUGUUGUUGUUUUAGUGUAGAGAUGAGAUAUGAUUAUUUGCACCACAUAAUAGCUUUAAUCUUACUUUUCGAAACCUGUUUACUCCUCAGUGUUUUGAUGUGAGCGAGCAUAAAAUGUUUAUUUUUUUAUCAUUUGUAGGUUUUAGUUGAAUGCACGAAUGUGACGCGUGUGAUGUCUGGUUGGUGACUGUAUUUUGGAACAGUUGUUGCGUAGUCUGUCGUCACUGUUUAUGGCCUGUCUUCGAUCAGAAUUGUAACUUUUUCUUUUGCACUUAAUUAAUUGGAUUUUUUUUUUUGCAGUAUGUUGAAAGGUUGUUCUGUAGUGGUUUUGGAUCAGAUGGUUCUCUACGUCCCCGCUUUGGUCCUGUUCUGUUGUGAGGUGUAUUAAGCUCUCGUGUAAAAGCACUGGUAUGUAUUCAAGAGACUAUGAAUGAUUUGCGGACCUGUGUGCGGUGGAUAAUGAUGGAUGCUUAACGUGAAUGGUUUCAAAUAUACUUUAUUCUUUUUUUCUUCUUUUUUUGUUAAGGGUGGGAGAUUUUUUUUUUUCUUCAUAUUUUCAGAUGCGGCUUUUGCACAAAAAUACAUGCUUUGUUUAACAUUAAUUAUCAGGCAUUUAUUUGGCAUUUAGAGGCAUUUUCAGGAAAGAUGCUUAGUAUGUAUCAGGAGCUAGCAGCAAGUUAGCUUAGCACAAAGUUUGUUACUAAUCAGGUCAAGUAUGUUUCAUUAGAUGUAUAUGUGGGAUUUAAUUGUCUCUUUAUCUAACUUGCUCUGUUUUCAUAUAUCAUGUUACUCUGUGUAAGAAAGCUGAUUUCUCUUUUGUCACAGACAUUCCUUCACACCAGUGUUAAAUAGAAAAAAAAAAUCAGAUUGAUCUGCUUUGGUAACUACCUGAGACCCGGCGUCCUCAUAUGGGGACAUCAUGUUUUAGGUUUGUAGCAGCUUAUUCAGCUUCAUUUAAACCUCAUAAUGAGAUUUAAGGGGUCAGUACACUUGUUUAUUUGUGCUUAUUAACUUUUCUAGUUUUAUGUGACAUGAAAAUUUGACAAAUUCACAAGUCCUCAUUUGAGGACGUCGGGAUUUCAUCUAUUCCAAUUCUGCUUUUGCAUUAAAAUAAACAGUUUUAAUAUACAGUGAAAUAAUCCCUGUUUUCACAUAUUUUUUUUUUUUCCAAAGAUUAUGCUUAUUGUUUGUACUUCUUAAGUCCUACUGAUCCCAAAUACAUGCAUUCCAAACUAAUGUUUGGGUCUCAGGAGGUUAAAUUAAAGUUGUGGCUUUGUAAUUAGAGUAUAAAGAAAUAAUAAAGAAAUUAUUCUGUAAAUAAACCGUUUUUUUUUGUGUGUUUUGCAUUAAAGUACUAUCGUAA